UAUGCCCUCGAGGCAGUAGUGCUAUGAUAACUCAACUAUCUAAUUUCGUAUGUUUUUCUGCUCUCUCACCAAGCGCGCGCUUGACGAAAGCGCUGUCAUAAAGAGCCUUUAGAAUAUCGCCCAUCCUAGACGCGCGACCAGCUACAACUUCACUGCUGCUGCAGGCCGUGAAACAAUGUAAAUUACGCCCAUUAUUUCGUACAACUAGGUGCUUUUUUCGCGAGUGUAGAUUGCUUAUCACGUAGCCAAGCACGUCAAUUCUACUGUGCUCUGAAGAAGUUCCGCGUUCAGGCGCCGAAAAACAACACUCAGCACACAAGAGAGGACACGUACCUAUAUACCCUCAGUCAGCACCUGCGCAACAAGCUCACCCAAGCAGAAAGUACGGCCACCCAGCCAACGGGUACAUGAUAAAAGUACUCCGUAUACGCCAUGGAGAUUGGAACAUGGGAUAUGACGUCAGCACUUUUGUUGACUGCGGCCGCUUUGUGCAUCGCCUGGAUGCUCAAGAGAAAGCACCAGCAGCGUCUGUUCCGAAGAUACCGGAUUCCUGGUCCACAACCCAACCUCUUUUUUGGAAACUGGAUGCAGCUCAAAGAGGAUCCGCUUAGGGUCAUGGACAACUGGAUCCAAAAGUAUGGCAAGGUGUUCGGAUUCUAUGAAGGCGAAGUUCCUAAGGUUGUCAUCAGUGAUCUGGAUAUUAUCAAGGAUUGCUUCAUCAAGCAGGCGCAUCUGUUCCGUGACAGGGGACCCUUCAUCGUCGAAAUCGAGCUCCUUAGCAGGAGUCUCAUAUACCUCAAAGGUGAGGAGUGGAAGAGGGUGCGGUCGGUGCUAAAUCCGGCCUUCAGCAGCGCCAAGAUGAAGCUGAUGUCGCACGUGAUGAACGACUGUGGCAACACUCUGGUCGAGGUGAUAUCCGAGAGGCUGUCCGCUGGUCGCACCAUCCUUGACGUGACCAAGCUCUCCCAGGCACUCUCUAUGGACGUCGUCACCAAGUGUGCUCUCGCCUGGCAGGUUGACUGCCAACGGGAUCAUGAAAACCCCAUCAUGAAACGCCUGCAGAAGAUACUCCUAGAAGUGGACGAACUGGUGUUAGCUUCUGCCAUUGCCAUUCCCGUGCUUCGUAAGGUCUACGCUUGGAUAUUUCCGCUGUUGAGCUACGGCAAGCUGUUCCGCCUAAUCACUCACAGCCUCCGCAAGAUCAUCAGUGUCCGCACCGCCGAGUUGAGCGGUACGACCCGAACCACCACGGACAUUGUUCAGUUGAUGCUUGAGGCGAAGACUGAAACCGCUCGUCGGAACUUCGGAGAAGUUGAAAUUACGGACAGCCACCUGCUGGCAAACUGCUUUCUCUUCCUUGCCGCGGGAUUCGAGACGACGGCUGCGACGCUCGCCUUCCUUCUUUACGAGCUAGCCCGGCACCCCGAAGAGCAGGACAAACUGUUCCAUGAGGUGAAGUUCCAGCUAGCGGAGAACUCUGGCCAGCUUGAUUGCGACGAUGUGCAGAAGCUCAAGCGAAUGGAUAUGGUGAUCAGCGAGUGCCUGCGGCUCUAUCCUCCGCUCGUCCUCUUCACGUCGAGGGUGUGCGACAAGGACACCACGCUUUCGGGCUACACCAUUCCUGCUGGAGCGCACGUCAUCCUGCCCACCUGGCACAUUCACCACAAUCCCGACGUAUGGCCCGACGCCCAUACGUUCAAUCCGGAUCGAUUUGCUUCAGACGAGGUACGUGGAGAAGAACGAAGGCAUCCGGCGGCCUACGUGCCGUUCGGCUUGGGACCUCGCGAGUGCAUAGGGCGCCGGUUUGCGUUACUCGAACUGAAGAUGGUGCUUACCAAGCUGGUGACGACGUACGUUUUCAGCGUGUGCAAAGAAACCGACGACCCCUUGAAAUUUAUUGUGCCGACAGUAACAGUGAAUCCGGCUCGGAACAUAAUGCUUCAAAUGACGCGAAGGAACUCCGAAGACAUCCCGCUUUGACUUGCUCCUUGGGCUUUCAAACAAAACCUGUGUGAUAUGUGGUGUUAUACUGUCUGAAAGUGUCUGGACUCCAGGCCGCGCGAAGGACGCAUUGGGAUAGGGUGGAAUACAGAAAGGCUCAUCUACAGAGCUUUGAAUGCAUGUUGAAGAACCUGAGGUGGUAAAAGUUCAUCAGAAGCGCUUUACUGUGGCGUCUCACUUAGCCCUAUGUCGCCCCUUUGGGGCGUUAGAUGGCAUACUGUUUGUCUUCAGCGCCGUGAGCAGGUGAUUUCGCAAUGUGCCGUUCAAUCUUCAUUAACCACUAUCGGGUGAAUAGUUCUAUUUUUUAUUUCAA